GUUUUCUCCACGCCCCAUAAAUAUCAGAGCUCGACGGAACUGAAAAGAAGCACCCAAAAGAAAGAAAAAAAAAAAGAAACACCAUUAAUCUUUCAAGUAGCCAUGAAUGAGUCGGAUGAAGAAGGCAGAAAGUCACUGCCCAAAUACUUCACCCUGAAAUCGAGGAUGAACGGGCGAUAUCUGCGGUAUAUACGUGAUGAUAAGGUCAUGAAUGGCUUCCUCAAGUUCUCUGGAACCCAUGUGGUCAGUCCAUUCGCAAAGUUUGAGGUUGAAGAAGCUAAGGACAAAGCCACCAAGAAGGGUCUCGUUCAUAUCAGGUGUUGUUACAACAAUAAAUACUGGGUUCGUUGGUCAGAUAAGUCCAAGUACAUUGUGGCGACCGCCAACGAACCCGAUGAAGACCGAUCAAAAUUCUCAUCCACGUUGUUCGAGCCCAUCUAUGAUUACGAUGAAGAGGUGUACCGUUUCAAACACGUACAGCUUAAUGAAUUUCUUCAGCUACGAGAACAUUUAUUGAACCAAUUUCAGGAUGCUCUGUUCGCCAACAAUGACGGAUACGGAAUGGACGAGUCAUAUCAAACAACGGUGGUGGAUUGGUCCACGCUGUUCAUACUUCCCAAACACGUGGCAUUCAAAGGCGACAAUGGCAAAUAUCUAAAAGUCCAUUCUUCUGGGACUCGAUAUCUGGAGUUUUCAGGAUCCGAUGUGGCAGAUGCUGCAGUGGGGAACCAAAUCUUCAUCACUUCCGAUGGCCACGUGCGCAUAAAAAAUGAUGAUAAUGGCAAAUUCUGGAUUCGUGAUCCCAAUUGGAUCCACGCAAAAGCCACAGAACGUGAUUUUGAUGAUCCCAACACACUGUUUUGGCCCGUCCGAGUUGGCAGCCGCAACAGCGUGGCGCUUCGCAAUAGAGGAAACAAUCAUUUUGUCAAGAGACUGACCAAAGAUGGGAAGACUAAUUGUCUCAAUGCUGCCGAAUCCACUAUAGUUCCGGAGGCCAAAUUUGAGAUGGAAGAACUUGUGAUGUCGAGGUCGAUUUACGACGUCAAUUUUCGGGUUUCAGAUGCUCGAGUCUAUGAUGAGACCCCCACGACAAUGACCACCAAAGAGACGGUGAAUAUGAAUAGUGAACCCCAGAAGCAGAAGCUGAAGCUACGGUUCGAAGACACGAAGUCAUCGACAUGGACGAACUCUGUGGCGACAAAGAUAGGGAUGAAGAUCACGGUCGAGGUCGGGAAUCCAGAGAUCUCCAGCUCAGCACUAGAAGUGUCAACCGAGUUCAGAGAGGAACGAACGUGGGGAGAAACUAAAGAGACGAAGACUCGGAGGGAGAUCGAGCACGAAGUUACGGUGCCGCCGAUGACAAAAGUGAGAGCCAAAGUGUUGGCCACAAAAGGGUUCAUCGACAUACCUUACUCCUACACUCAAAGAGACGUUCUCACCAAUGGCAAAGUGGUAAUUCAACACUUCGACGAUGGGGUCUAUAUUGGCAGCAAUUGCUAUAACUACACCUUCUUGGCAGAACAAGAAGCUGUGUGAUCCAAGAGAUAAUAUGCAAAAUGAGACUCAAUCUUAUGGAAUUAAUGUAUUGAAUAAUGCUUGCUAUAUGCAGCUUUCAUUUCCUCUGUGGUUUUUGCUUUUAUGUGUGUUGAUAAACUCUGUUUUCAACUAAAUAAAAUUUAUGCUCUCUUUUAUACGUUGGGAUUAA